UCAACCCUUUACAACCUCGAACCACAACCGACGGCCAAGGUCAUACUCAAGACGACAUCUGGCGACAUCCUCCUCGAACUAUUCGCCAAGCAGACACCCUUAGCAAGCCGGAACUUCCUUCAACACUGCCUCGAUGGCUACUAUGACAACACCAUCUUCCACCGCUUGGUGCCGGGGUUCAUCAUCCAAGGCGGGGAUCCCACUGGAACAGGCUCGGGCGGGAUCUCCGCGCUCAACGAUGGCGCAGGCUUCGGAGAUGAGUUCCACAGCAGACUCAAGUUCAACCGGAGAGGAUUGUUGGGUAUGGCGAAAGAUGUAGGUGGUGCUGGAGGUGGUAGCGAUGCCUACGGUAGCCAGUUCUUCUUGACUUUGGACAAGACGCCGGAGUUGCAGGGUGUAUGUACGAUGUUUGGGCGCGUGGAAGGCGAGACGAUUUUCAACUUGGUCAAGAUGGCGGUUUCGGAGCUGGUGGAAGGCUCUGAGCGGCCUUUGUACCCGACCAAGGUCACUGGUACGGAAGUUCUGAUUAACCCAUUCCAAGACAUGGUUGCAAGAGUAAAGCAGGCGCCGAGGGUCAGGGAGGAAGCGGCCGGCGGAAAGGUGGAAGGCAAGAAGAGGAAGAAGCCGGUAGGGAAGAAUGUGUUGAGCUUCGGCGGACAGGAAGGUGAGGAUGGAUUGGAGGCUCCGGUCGUGAAGCGAGUCAAGGCGAACCCGAAGAUGGUGUCGGUCGGACAGGAAACGCCAGAGAAGAUGAACAAUACCAAGCUUCCUGCCGCGCCCGAUCGCGAAAGUAACCAGCGAAGACGGGAUGAAGAGGUACCAUUCAUGCCGGGGGUAGACGAAGAGGCCCAGGCGAAAGCGUCAUCGAGGAAGGCACCACCGGAGCGUCUCAUGGACGAUGACGAUGAGGAUGAGAAUGAGGAUGUCGAAGAGCAGCCCAACACCAAAACGCUCGAUCGGACCAACGCAGAAAUAGCAGCUUUGAAGGUAAGCAUGAAGCGCACAGUCAACGCCGCACCGAAGGAGAAAGAGCGACCGAAGAACGCGUUCGAAGCGAUGAUACCGUCCACGAGCACGCGUGGGCGCAAACGUGGCAAGCUGGCAGACGAGAAGGGUGCAAUAGAUCUGUUCAAAGCGUUCAAGCAGCGCCUUGAAGAACUCCCUCCGGAUGAGGCCACAUCAAAAGCCACAAACGGCACGCACGGUUCAGCGAGAGAGGGGACAGCAACGAAUGGCCACUCGGCUGCACCAACCACCACCACGGAAUCUAUGGACGAGGAAGCAGAGUUGUGCGAUCUGCACUUCAUCGCCAACUGUCAGUCUUGCAAGUCGUGGGAGACGGAGAAGCCGGAUGGUGAAGCGGAGGAGGAUGGAGAUGACGACCCUGGUUGGAUGAGCCAUGCCCUGUCCUUCGCCAAGGACACGUUAGGUAAGGACCUGGAAUGGAAGAGGAAGAUGGAGGAGAUCGAGGUCAUUGACCCGCUCGAGCGUGCGAGAGGCUUCAAGGAGGAG